GCCACGUUCUGUCAGAAGAGCGUUGUCUAGUUCUCAGUUCGUUGUAUGUGGCUCUUGCCGGCGGUCGUUGGCAAUUAGAAUAGCUUUGUAACUAAUAAUUUUUAUAAAAUGUUGAAGGUAAUAUUGAUUUUGAGUAUAGUCGGUACUAUUUUAUCAAGUAAAGCUGAAAUUACUGAAGAUGAAGGAGUUUUAGUGUUGACCAAAGAUAACUUCAAGGAAGGCCUCGAACAUGAAUUUAUAUUGGUGGAAUUUUAUGCACCUUGGUGUGGACACUGUAAGGCAUUGGCACCCGAGUAUGUAAAAGCUGCCGAAAGCCUCAAGAAGGCAGGUUCACCGAUCAAAUUGGCCAAGGUUGAUGCUACCCAGGAGUCAGAAUUGGCUGAGCAACAUGGUGUGCGUGGAUACCCUACUCUGAAGUUCUUCCGAAACGGAGUGCCCGUACCUUACGGUGGAGGCAGAUCCGCCAAGGACAUUGUCAGUUGGCUCACCAAGAAAACAGGUCCAGCGGCUAAGGAGCUUGAGAAUGUGGAACAGGCCAAGGAAUUCAUCGAAGCCAAUGAUGUUGCUCUUGUUGGAUUCUUCAAGGAUCAAACCUCCGACUUCGCAAAGUUAUAUAAGGAUGUUGCCGCUGCAUUGGAUGACUAUCCUUUUGCAAUCACAGGAGAUUCUGCGGUUGAAGCUGAAUACAAGGUUGAGGGUGACAAAAUCAUCCUGUUCAAGAAGUUUGACGAUGGGCAGGCUGUAUUCGAUGGUGAGCAGACAAUGGAUGCUCUGAAGAAGUUUGUGCAGACUGAGUCACUUCCUCUGGUCGUGGAGUUCAACCAGGAUACAGCACAAAAGAUCUUCGGCGGUGACAUCAAGAGUCAUCUUCUGCUGUUCCUCAGCCAGGCAAAGGGCCACUACGAUGAUCUCCUCGUCAACGCCAAAUCUGUGGCUGCACCUUUCCGUGAGAAGGUUCUGUUUGUGUCCAUCAACGCCGAUGAGGAAGACCAUCAGAGAAUUCUGGAGUUCUUUGGCAUGAAGAAGGAAGAGGUACCUGCCAUGAGGGUGAUCAAGCUGGAAGAAGAUAUGGCCAAGUACAAGCCAGCUGAUCCAGAACUCUCAGCUGAUAACAUCAAAAGCUUUGUGUCAGACUUUAUUGAUGGGAAACUCAAGCAACACCUUCUGUCCCAAGACUUGCCUGAAGAUUGGGAUGCUAAACCAGUGAAGGUUCUGGUAGCCACUAACUUUGACGAAGUUGCCUUCAACAAGGAUAAAACCGUUCUGGUGGAGUUCUAUGCCCCCUGGUGUGGACACUGCAAGCAACUCGCUCCUAUUUACGACAAGCUGGCUGAGUCGUUUGAGGAUAGAGAUGAUGUAGUUAUUGCCAAGAUCGACUCGACAAUCAACGAGUUGGAACACACCAAGAUCACCAGCUUCCCUACUCUUAAACUGUACACCAAGGGCGAAAACAAGGCUAUUGAUUACAAUGGAGAGAGAACGUUAGAGGGAAUGUCAGCUUUCAUCAACAGCGGAGGAGUAGAGGGCGCCCAGGAGACGCAAGAGGCGGAAGAGGAAGAUGAGGAUGAUGAUCUGCCCAAGAAGGACGAGCUCUAAGGAACUACUCAACACUAUCGACUGCCUGCAAGAUCUGCAUUGUAAAUAGAAGAUUCGUCAGUGGUUGUGUUUAUAUUGGGCUCGAGUGGUGUUUUCAGUACAUAUUACUCUUAACAUGAUUUCGUUAGAUCACAACGACUGUUACACCUAAAGAAGGUUUUUUUGUGCAUGGAUGUACAGGUAUUUGUAGUUCCAAUGAAUUCAUUCCAUUUAGGAUAUACCAAUAAAUUUUAAUAAACUAUAUUUUUUCAAGAAAUUGAAUGGCCACUAUUUUUAAAUGUGCGUGUGUGAGUGUUAGGUUUGUAAUUGAUCAAGUAACAACUAUGUUAAAGCACAAAACUCAAUUGGGCAUCUACUGGAUACUAAUGGGAGGUCUGUAGUUUUUGUUUCAUUGUUAGUGCGAUGAUACAUUUUAUGUUAAAAUAAUAUUUUCUUAAGUACAAGUUUUAAGUAACAUCACGAAUUAUUAGUACCUGUAUCGAAUGAUGUUGUUUCUUUUUCAAUUGCUUGGGUUGUAUAAUUUUUUUAAUGCCAUAAAGGCUAUUUCGCUUCUUACUUGUAUUUCCUAACUUCAUAAACAUUUUUGUAUGUGCAAUAUUUAUGCUUAACCUUCACCAUGCUGAAAAUAAUUUCCAUCGUCUUCCAGCUUAAUAUGUAGGUUAAUUUUUUUUUGUAGACCUUGAACUAAAAAUAUGUUCUACAGACCUCUGUGACAAGGUGCAUUUUGAUUGAGUAUUAAUUAUUUUAACAUUUUAGUUUAAUGUUUUGUAAUUUUUUUACAUGUUACACUUUUCAGGACUGACUGUUGUUCCAUAAAUGAUAAAGUAUGUUUUAUUGUUAAUAGUUUAUGGUUUUGUUAGUUGAAUUUCGUCAAAAAUCUGUGAUGUUACAUCCAAAUACAGCAUAAAAAUAAAAAUCUUUUUUUAAA